AUGGCUAAGAGAUCCGAUUUUGCACAGAAGCUGUUAGCCGAUCUCCGUUCGAGGAAGGAACGAAUGGCUGUAUCUCAGAGCUCAAAAGAUGUGUAUGCUUAUUCUAAGCAAACUUACAGAGGAUCCAGAGAAAUGAAGACCCAUAAAAGUAAUGGCCUUAGAAGUGGAAAUAUGCACAAUAGAACUAGUGGAAGCAAUAAAUCACUCUCUAUGGGAGAAGCUUCAACAGAGAUUGUUCCAUUUGGGAGAGGUCGAAGCGCGGAACAAAUAGGAGAUCUGUCCAUGGCACUUGCUUUUGCCCUCGAGAAUGGUGGAAAAAUAAGAAUGGAUUCGUCUGGCAAUAGUUCAAUGUUAGGUUUCCUGCAUCAGAUUGGCAGAAGAUCAGUGGAAGUUGCCAAGAUGGAAAGAAGUGGUAUUGAUAGGCAUCACUCUUCAAGUAACCAGUUUCCUACCUUCUCCCAUCUCCACAUCAAAGAAAUAUCCAAAGGUGCACAAAAGUUAAAUCAGAUCCUGAGAGCUUGUUCAAAUGGCCUUAACUUUGAAUCUUAUUCAAUAGAAAUUGGCAAGGAACUACUCAAAGGGGCCAUGGAUUUGGAAGAGUCCUUGAGGAUGCUUGUAAACCUGCAAGAAGCUUCAGAAUACAUGGUCAGCACACAGAGCAAAACUCGCAUCACAUUGCUUGAUGAGGAUGAAGAUGAGGAUGACAACUCUGUCAGAACAGCUGAGCAUAACCAACUUGCUCUGCCAAAGUUCUCCUUUGACAGGCCCUCAAGAAAGUCUCAUUACAUCCAGCAAGUUGCAAGGACAGAUCUCAGGCAGAGAAUAAUGGCUCUGACUUACUCAUCGGAAGCUACAAAUUUCAACCAUGAUAAGCACCAUCUAAGUACCUUAAAUUCAGUUUCCCACAAGAAAUCAUCUAGCUAUGGCUCAACAUCAAAAACUUUAGCAGCAUUAUCCGAACAGAAGAAUCAGUCGAGUUCAUCAAAAUCCAAUCCAGAAAAGGCAAGAAUUCCAAAUGUAAUUGCAAAACUAAUGGGCCUGGAGGAACUUCCAGAAAAUGAAGAUUCAAAGCACACUAAGAAAGAGUCAAGUUCGAAGCAGAAAACUGGAAGGAGUGUCACAAAUAAAUCUGCAGAAGGAAGCUCUACACGUGAACGCAAGACAAAAGAUGCUGAGAAUUCAGUACCCACAGUAAAAAAACAAAAGCAGAUGCAGCCCAGCCAGAUAAAGAUGCUUCAGGACCCAAAAUAUGCCUUGCAAGCUGAAAAGGAUCUGCCAAAUCACCAUGCUAGCUUUGAAAUGAAAACGCAUGAUGGAAAGCCACCCAAGAAGGAAGUGGAGGGGAUAAAACCAGAGAGAGUCUCAAAUAAAGCUAACGUGAAAAUGGAUAGGCACGAAAGCAACACCAUCCAAAUGAAACAAAGUACAGGAAAACGAAAGAAUGCUCAGGAUAGAGAGAGAAAACAAGAUAAUACUAAGACCAGGGAGCAGAGAGGGAAAGAACAAGGGGAAACAAGAGAACUAAUCCGAAAGCAUGAGCUGCAGCAAAUGGCAUCACCGGCACAAAAUGGAUCAGAAGCAGCAAUUACCUUGCAAGGGAAAAAAGAGCACAAUGCAAGCAUGCUUAAAACAGAAAAGAGAGAUGGAAACAGGUACCUUUCCAGCGAUCAAUCAAAGUCUUCCAAUGAUCUUGGAUUCCAACAGCCUCACACAUUCCGAAACUUUGAACAACGAGAUAUAAAGCAUCACGCAGGAGAGGGAGAGUGGCAGAUUGCUAGGCAGAAGAUUCAAGAUAGAAGUCAAAAAGGAAGUGAAGUACUGUCCAAGAAUUUGCCCACCCCCGUGAAUGACAUUCUGAAUUUCCAAAAAAGGCAUUGGCAGGCAAACCAGGCAACUCCUAGUAGAAGUUCUAAAGAAUCAGUUGAUGAAAUGCCAUCCAAAGGGUUUCCAACUAACAGGCGCCAUGAAGAUCUUGGUUCUAAUAAUAACCACGUUAACAUGCAAUAUACAAUGACCAGGUACUCAAAUCAAGAUUCCUCCCCAGUAGAUCCGAUAUAUGAUAUGAUGGAGAAAAGCAGCAUUCCACCUAUGAAAGAAAAAACAGCUCAUCCACCAGCCACGCAGAAGGUGAGAAAUACCAAGGGACAAAAAGCUGAGGCCCCUCGAAAGAUUGACGAACUAGUGACAAGAAAGAGUGGAACCCCACACGGCUUAGUAAGGCCACAAAGACAUCAAACUUCUGCAUUGCAAGAAGGUAAGCAGAAAAGGUGCGGCAAACUUGGUGGAUCCAAAGUCGAACAAGUGAGAGACAUCAGGUGCAGAGAAGCAGAGGCACGCAUUGUUAAAUCCAGCAAAUCAAUGGCAAGCAUCCAGCCAUCGAUUGUGUUGGAAGAUCUGAAUAGUAAACUUGAACAAGCUUCCAACUCCUACAGUUCCGUGGAAGAUAAAAGCCAAAUCCUAAACAGACCAAAAAUCCUAGUUCCAAAUGAUAGCGGUCAAAACACAAUCUCAACAGUGACAAAUGAGCAACAAGGUCACGAAUUGGGAAGAGAUCAACUGCAAUCUCACAACUUUGUUUUGGACUCACUUAAUGAAACUCAUCAGACCAGCAAAGAUAUCACUUACCCGUCACAAGUGGAGAACCAAAAAGCAUUGAAAUUGGAGACACCAGAGCCACUAACUGAGAGUGAAAAUCACCUGAAGCAGAUCCUGAUAAAAAGUCAACUAUUCCUUAACACAGCAGAGGCACUGUUCAAUCUCAACAUCCCUUUCGGCAUUCUCCAUGCUGGUAGCCACAACGACGAAAGCAAGCUCAUAUUAGACUGUGGAUACGAAAUAAUGAAAAGGAAAGGCAAAAAGCAAGAGCUCAGCUUCCAUCCAUUCAUGAAAACAUCAAUCAUCUCUAAUAAGGUAAAAUCCUUGGACAACUUGAUCAAGCAAUUGCACAAAGACUUCGAGAAGUUGAAAUUCUACGGUAGAAAUGGUAAUGCUGAAUGUCUCGUCGAAGACUACCUACCGAAAAUGCUCGAAUGUGAUGUGUACAACUGGGAUUUCGAUGUGAAUUGUAUGUGGGACUUCGGUUGGGACAAGAUGCUGUUUCCAUUUCUUGAAAACGAUGAUGUUGUAAGGGAUGUGGAGAAGUUGGUGCUUAAUGGACUACUUGAUGAAGUUACCAGAGAUCUUCUGCCGGUACAUUAA